GCUAUAUGCCAUUUAAGCGAUAGAUGAUGAAGCACUUUCGGCGCCUUUCGUUUACAAAAAAUUCUCACCCCGCCUGUUUUUUGCCUUUUUCCUUCUUUUAUGUAUUAACUUCAGCAAUACCCCUUUCUAUGAGUUUAUCUAUAGAAUUGUCAUUAUGAGGUAGGCUAGGAAAGCCUCGAGUCUUGACUUAAGCACAAUGGCCGUAUUUUAACUGCUGACUCGGUACUUAACUAAGACUAAUCUAUUAGGACGAUGGAUAGUGAUUAUUGACGUGAUAUUGCUCAGAAAUAAAUAGUGUUGGUCGGGCUGGAGGUCAGGUGAGUGAAUAUUAUAUGGUAUUAUCCAAGUAACCACUCUGCUUUCUUUACAGUGCAGCAAACUAUCGACUGCAAUAUGCGGGGUACAUAAAUAAGUAUGUAAUUAACGGCGCAUCUCAUACUAUCGAGGAGCGCCCAAGCUAGUGCCAGUAUAUAAUCUUGUAUGUUCCGCCGGCGAGUCUGUCUUACUUCUUUUCUUGUCUUACGUUUCUCGCCCUUGGCAAAAUAGCUCGAAAAAGAAAUCUUCAAGAGAAAAAAACAUGGACGGUUCGUCAGCCUUAAGAUCGUGUACCCACACUAGCGACCCCAGACGGCAAGUUCCGGGGGACGAUGCUCGUUUAAGCAACCAAUUACACCCCCGGCCCGAAGAUGCGGUAGUGGCAAGCCGCAAGCCGGCAAAAACGUUUGCAGACUUACCCGCGGAGCUGCGGGCGAUCAUAUGGGAGUACGCUCUCCCCGAGACGCGUGUCUUCAACGCGUUAGUGUACGCCUCGAAGGGGCUCAAGAUGCAGCUGAUCGAGAGGAGUCACCUGCGCAUGCCGCUCGCGCACGUGUGCUUCGAGUCGCGGCAGCUUGUCAAGAAGACCGGAUACGUGCUUGCUUUCCGCGACGAGGACGAGCCUGACGAUCCGGGAGUCUGGUUUCAUCCGCGACGAGAUGUUAUCGAGAGGACGAUAUGGGGUCCUUGCGAGUUCUGGGGCUGGAAGUGACGUAAGACGGCGACGGUGAAGCUAGUCAUCGUAUAUCGCUGGAGCGAAAUCUUGUUUGCAUAUAAUUGC